AUGGGCAGUGUGGGUAGUGGAGUGGCAGGGGAGCAGGAGUUUGCCAUGAAGUCCGUGGGCACUAGGACCACCCUGCCUCGCGCUCCGCCCCUGUCUCGCCGUUGCCCCGCCGACCGUAGCUGCAUCGCCGAACAACCCCCCCCGCCCCCAGCGACAGCCUCCGAGGGAACCGCGUCUAGUAUUGGGACCGCAACUGGGACAGACCGGCCCCCGGACUCUGACACAGACCAUACCACUACAACUGCAUCCAACUGUGACCGGGGGGAUACAGGGGUGGGAUACGGAAACGGAGCAGGAAGGAGGGAGUGGGAGAGUGGAGAGAGGGAGAGUGGAGAGAGGGAGAGUGGAGAGAGGGAAAGGGAGAGUAGAGAGGGGAAGGGAGAGGGCAAGAGGGAGAGGGACAGGGCAGAGAGGGAGAGGGAUAGAGAGUGGGAAAGAGAGAAGGACAGAGAGAGGGUAGAGAGGACAAGAGAGAGGGUUGAGAGAGACAGGGAAAGAGAGAGGGAGAGAGAGCCACGAGGAGGGGUUGUGAGUCUGGAUGUAUGCAGUAACUUGGUGGGACUGGGGGGGAAUGACAUUGGUACUGGGAUGACCCCCCACCAACAAAGAGGGACCAAAACAGACAAUCACAACAACCCUCCAAAUCACAACCCACCCAAAAUCCUGCCUGUCUCUGGCAAACUAGAGCAGGUAUGUUCCUCUUCUCAAACAAGUAUGUUUGUAGCUAGGAUCAUGUGGCUUAUUGGCAUAUUGAGGUAUUUCACAAUUAGAUCACAGCAAAACCAGGGUAGUGUGGGUUUGAUUCCUGCAUGGGACACACAUACUCUGCUGUAUCCUUAUAUCAUUGCAGUUAAAUAAAUACUUUAUAAUUACAAUGUUAUAUAAUAUGACUAUCUUAUAACAGCUGAUGAAAUAAAAUUUGACAUGGUGAAAAGGUCUUACAAAUAAAUAUUGGCAUAGUAUUUAAAUGAUUUCUAGUGUUCACUGAUUUAAGACAUUGAUGUAAAGGCUUUAAAGGGGAAUAACGGCACAUUUCGAAAAUCAAAGUGCGCAUCUCUGUCACUCAGGGAAAGGGAGGUACAGCUAGAGCAAUAGCUAUGUCACAGGGUUACAUAUAGUAUCGCCGAACACACACUGCAGCUCCAGAUACAACUUUGUGGAAUAACGCACAUCUACUAAAAAAUAUAAACGUUCUGUCACAGCGAAAAUACGAAAUUCGGGAAGUCCAAUCGAUUGUGAGAUAUGGCAUAUACAUUUUAUCUAAUACAUUUGGGUCACUGGUUCACAAUUUUACCUUUUCUGAGAUCUCUGCCAAGCAAGGAGGAAACCGCAGCUAACUCAUGCAACAACACACGCACGAGGUGGCUCCUCAUAAACACAACACACCGGAAGUUUUAAAAUAGACUAAAUCAGACUUUAGCACAUCACCCGACCCAACACAACAUGCCUCGGUAGUAGCCUAUUUAAUUUCUCUCUUUCAAUAAUCUGGAAACCAAUCAGAAAACGCUGUGCUCUAAGGAUGGUAUCGUAGCCACACAAGAAGAUAGUUGUCGAUCUGAUCAGAAACACUGUGCUCACAACCUUUAUCUCCUAAUUGAUGUCGCUGGUGUAUUUUGUUAUAAUUUUGGAAUAUAUUGCGCAAUAGGCUAUAAGGUUUUUACCAGUUCCGAGUCCAUCCAGGCUCGAGUCCCGUGAGCGAAACAACACACAACGAGCUGAUGCAAAGUUUCACCCACAUUUUAAAUAAGAAAAUAUCUGCCUACCUUUCUGUCAUGUCAACCAUCCAUCCAAAUCAAAUAAUUCCAUGUGUCCGCCUUUUGUCUUUUAUAAAGUUUCACAUAGCCUAUUCCAUGAAAUGGGGUAAUCCAAUGUGCAACACUGCAGCUGUUGAUUGCAGUGAUCAUCAUUCAUCACAUACAGUGGGGAAAAAAAGUAUUUAGUCAGCCACCAAUUGUGCAAGUUCUCCCACUUAAAAAGAUGAGAGGCCUGUAAUUUUCAUCAUAGUUGCACGUCAAUUAUGACAGACAAAAUGAGAAUUUUUUUAUCCAGAAAAUCACAUUGUAGGAUUUUUUAUGAAUUUAUUUGCAAAUUAUGGUGGAAAAUAAGUAUUUGGUCAAUACCAAAAGUUUCUCAAUACUUUGUUAUAUACCCUUUGUUGGCAAUGACACAGGUCAAACAAAGUCUUCACAAGGUUUUCACACACUGUUGCUGGUAUUUUGGCCCAUUCCUCCAUGCAGAUCUCCUCUAGAGCAGUGAUGUUUUGGGGCUGUCGCUGGGCAACACGGACUUUCAACUCCCUCCAAAGAUUUUCUAUGGGGUUGAGAUCUGGAGACUGGCUAGGCCACUUCAGGACCUUGAAAUGCUUCUUACGAAGCCACCCCUUCGUUGCCCGGGCGGUGUGUUUGGGAUCAUUGUCAUGCUGAAAGACCCAGCCACGUUUCAUCUUCAAUGUCCUUGCUGAUGGAAGGAGGUUUUCACUCAAAAUCUCACGAUACAUGGCCCCAUUCAUUCUUUCCUUUACACGGAUCAGUCAUCCUGGUCCCUUUGCAGAAAAACAGCCCCAAAGCAUGAUGUUUCCACCCCCAUGCUUCACAGUAGGUAUGGUGUUCUUUGGAUGCAACUCAGCAUUCUCUGUCCUCCAAACACGACGAGUUGAGUUUUUACCAUCUGACCAUAUGACAUUCUCCCAAUCCUCUUCUGGAUCAUCCAAAUGCACUCUAGCCAACUUCAGACGGGCCUGGACAUGUACUGGCUUAAGCAGGGGGACACGUCUGGCACUGCAGGAUUUGAGUCCCUGGCGGCGUAGUGUGUUACUGAUGGUAGGCUUUGUUACUUUGGUCCCAGCUCUCUGCAGGUCAUUCACUUGGUCCCCCCGUGUGGUUCUGGGAUUUUUGCUCACCUUUCUUGUGAUCAUUUUGACCCCACGGGGUGAGAUCUUGCCCCAGAUCGAGGGAGAUUAUCAGUGGUCUUGUAUGUCUUCCAUUUCCUAAUAAUUGCUCCCACAGUUGAUUUCUUCAAACCAAGCUGCUUACCUAUUGCAGAUGCAGUCUUCCCAGCCUGGUGCAGGUCUACAAUUUUGUUUCUGGUGUCCGUUGACAGCUCUUUGGUCUUGGCCAUAGUGGAGUUUGGAGUGUGACUGUUUGAGGUUGUGGACAGGUGUCUUUUAUACUGAUAACAAGUUCAAACAGGUGCCAUUAAUACAGGUAACGAGUGGAGGACAGAGGAGCCUCUUAAAGAAGAAGUUACAGGUCUGUGAGAGCCAGAAAUCUUGCUUGUUUGUAGGUGACCAAAUACUUAUUUUCCACCAUAAUUUGCAAAUAAAUUCAUUAAAAAUCCUACAAUGUGAUUUUCUGGAAAACUAAUUCUUAAUUUGUCUGUCAUAGUUGACGUGUACCUAUGAUGAAAAUUACAGGCCUCUCUCAUCUUUUUAAGUGGGAGAACUUGCACAAUUGGUGGCUGACUAAAUACUUUUUUCCCCCACUGUAUGCUAUAUAUAAUCAGUACACGACUUUCAAGGAGUAGGGUAUUUGAUGCAUAUUUGAUGCAAACAUAAGAAUACUUUUCCAUUUUAUAAAGUUUGCCUACAAUAUCACAUUCUCUUGCUCGCUCGAGGAAGGCAAUUUGUCCCUGCUUGCAAACGAAAUCCCCUGCAUAAUUUUGUAUAUUAUUGUCAUUAUUCUACCUAUUUGUAAAUGUAGGCUAAUAAUACAUGAUCUACCCCAAUGAAAACUUGGACAAUGAGCAUAAAUCGCAUUUCGAUAGAUGCAUGCAUCUGUACCUAGGCUAUCUAUUAUAUCUGCAACAACAAAACAAUCCAAGGAUAUGUUUGCUGUCAGCUGGCUACAGUAGGAAAGUUACAAUGUAAUGAAACAUUUGUUACAUAAAUGAGCCUUUUAGCCCAUAUGUGUCAUCCUAUGAAGUGGAUGUUAUUUUGCUCACUCAGUAGUCUUUCCCUCUCAUUUUAGUAAAUAUAUUUUACCAAAAUGAUCUGAUCACACCAUACAACGAGGGACGUAGCCUACAGUCAGAGAGGGAAGAUGGACAAUGUUGAUUGGCAGGUGAAAUUAUUACAAGCUAAAAGUGUGAGGCGGGAUUAGGUUGGCUCCUUUCCUCCUUACUUGGCUGAGAUCUCAGAAAAGGUACAAUUGUGAACCAGCGAUCCCAAAUUGAUCACAUGAAAUGUAUAUGCCAUAUCUCACCAUCGAUUGGACUUCCCGAAUUGAGUAUUUUCGCUAAGACAGAAUGUUUAUAUUUUUCUUGGUUUGCAUUAUUCCACAAAGUUAUAUCUAGCACUGCAGUGAGUGGGGGCUGUAUAACUCUGUGACAUUGCUAUAUCUCUACCUCACUCUCCCUUAGUGAGAGAGGUGUGCACUUUGACAGACAGUCCAACAAUGAGUCAGAGGGGUUUAGGAACAUAGACACAUUUUCGAAAUAUGCUGUUAUUCCCCUUGAAUGUGUUGUUUCGCUAACAGUUUCCUCUCCUGUUUCUUUAUAACCAUCUCUACCCAUAUCCCUCUUUACCCAAAUAUCUCUCUCUCUCUCUCUCCUUCCUCCCCCUUUCCCUUCAACUCUCUAGAACAACUCUGGGCUGGUUCGUCCCUCUGCCUUCAAACCAGUGGUUCCCAAAAGCUUUCACUCCAUGCAGAACCUCGUAGGCCAAACCAGUGGUGGUGAGGGUAGGGGUGUUGGGGGGCACAGAGAAGGAGGAGCAGGGGGAGGAGAACCAGGGGCAGUCCCAGAGGCCCUUCUCCUAGACCAGGACAGCCCAGGAAGAGGCAGCUGCCGGGCAGAGGGAGCAGGAGGGAGUGAUGGGUAA